CGCGCCCACUUGUUUAGACAAGCAUCAACGACGACGACGACAACGACUGCACUUGACACUUUUACUCUUGCGGCGCGACGAACGACUGCACGCAAGACGCGACGAGUGCACGACGACGAAGACGAUGGCGACAGCAACAACAGGUUCACCAUGGUGGCGCAAGCUCCUCUGCAUGUCGGACGAUGCGGCGCCGCCGACAGGCAGCAGCACAAAGCAGCUGUACUCGCGCACGCAGGCCUCGCGCAAGAACCUAGGCCACAUCGACGAGGCGAGUUCGACGACCCCCCUCCGGUCGCCCGUCACGACCAAGCCGCCGGGCCAGCGCACCGUGUCCUUCUCGCAGCCGCCCCCGCCGAGGAUAGACACGACGACGGACGACAGCGCGGCGCUGCUGAUGGGCUUCUCGACCGAGGAGCCCGAGGGCGGGUGGGCCGCCGCGCGCGGCUGGACGCCGACGAGCCCCAAGACGCCGACAGUGAAGGGCAAGACCGAGGCGCAGCUGCUUGCCGAGGAGGCCAAGGCGCGCGCCGCGGAGGCUAGGGCCGAGCGGGAGAAGGCGGCCGAGGCGGAGGCGGAGGCGGCGAAGGCCGCCGACGGGGAGGGGGCUACGGAGGGCGAGAAGGAAACGGAGCACGACGACGACGACGACAAGGAGACGACACCAGUAGCAGCGGCCACAACAACCGACCCCGGCGAGACGAGCAAGCCCGCACACUACGCCGCGGCAGACCACCACGAGGAGCACGACGCCGAGUCUGACCCCGAGCUGGACGAAACGCCCCACGCACCCGACGUGAGCAUCACGGCGCCGACGCACGAGGCGGACGCGCCCGCGUCAGCGGACCACAGCUUCCGUAUCGACUUUACGGCGUCCCCUGCGCUGCAGCACGACGAGCGGCUGAGCGACGCGGGCGCGGACGCGGCCGAGGUGUUGGCCGUGGUCGAGGGGGCGGGGGUGGCGCUUGGCGCGCACCCUGGCGCGGGGGGAGCAGCGGUGUAAGCAAGCAAGCAGGCAGGUAGUAGUAGUGUAUGUGUCGUCGCCGGAGACCCCGUGUACAUUAGCGUACGUAGUACACGCGCAUAUGCACGCGUUAAUGUG